AUGGAGAACCGAACCACAGUGCCUUACUUUCUGCUUCUGGAAUUCUCAAAAAAUCGGCAUCUGCAGCUUUUGCAUUUCUUCAUUUUCUUUGUGUUAUAUCUGACAACUGUAACAACAAAUCUUCUCAUCAUAUCUGCAGUUGCUUUUGACAAUCGACUGCACAGCCCCAUGUACUUCUUUCUUAUGAAUUUAGCUCUACAGGAUAUGGUCAUUGUUUCAGCUAUUGUCCCCAAAUCCAUGAUAAAUUCUCUCAUGAACACCAGACACAUCUCUUACUUUGGUUGUGUUACUCAAUAUUUUCUCUUUCUCUCUUUUGAAGCUUCUGAUUUAUUCCUCCUGACAGUUAUGGCAUAUGAUCGGUAUGUUGCUAUUUGCCAUCCCCUGCACUAUGAGUUGGUGAUGAAUUGGAAAUACUGUACUGAGAUAGUAAUUGUAGUGUGGGUUUCAGGUAUUCUGUAUGGAAUGUUUCAUACCACUGGCACGUUCUCCAUCCUUUUUUGUUCCAAUGUGGUCAACCAAUUCUUCUGUGAUACUCCACAAUUGCUAAAAUUAUCCUGCUCUGGAUUAAAUCUACUUGAGUUUGGAUUUCUUGUGGCCAGUAUCAUUGCUGUAAUAGGUUGUUUUACUUUUAUAGUUAUAUCAUAUGCAGUGAUCUUUAGGGCAGUGUUAAGAAUCUCUUCUGAAAAAGGAAGGCAAAAAGCCUUAUCCACUUGUAUUCCCCAUCUUACGGUAGUGAUUAUAUUAGUAUUAAGUGGAUGCUUUGCCUAUCUGAGACCCUCUUCUAACACUGCAUCUUAUUUAGAUAUUGGAUUGACUGUUCUGUAUGCCCUCCUUCCACCAAUGUUUAAUCCAAUCAUCUAUAGCAUGAGAAAUAAGUAUAUCAAAUGUGUCCUUUCUAAACUUUGGAGGUUUUAA